ACAAUUCUUAAGAGGCUGGACCGGCGCAACAAAAGGAGGAAGUCACCUUUCUAAGUUCAGCAAAGCACACCGGUUUAUACCUGGCAGUCAAACGGAGGAGGCAGUCGCAGCUGUGCUUUCAGGAACAUGUCAAGAACUGCUGCCAACAGCAACUCAAAAACACAUUUGAAUCAGAAUGGACUGAAAAGCGAAGAUAUCAAGAAAAAUGUCUACCACAACAACAGAGAGAAAAAUGGCCCAGGGACUGGUGUUGCCUCCGGGCAGCACAGGCAGGAGUCCUUUGAACAGGCGCCCAUGUACGUGGCUGUCAUGACAUACCUGGGCUUUGGCAUUGUCACCCUGUUUGGCUACCUCAGAGAUUUCCUCAGAGCUGUGGGCUUAGAGAAGUGCCACCUUGCCCAGGAGAGAGAGGAACAGAAGGAUUUUGUACCACUUUACCAAGAUUUUGAGAACUUCUACACUCGAAACCUAUACAUGAGAGUACGAGACAACUGGAACCGUCCCAUAUGCAGCCUGCCUGGACCAGUCUUUGACCUGAUGGAGAGGGUGUCUGAUGACUACAACUGGACAUUCAGGUUAACCGGGAGGACGAUACACAAUGCCAUCAACAUGGGCUCUUACAACUACCUCGGUUUUGCUGAGAACAAGGCUGAUUUCCUGAAAACUGUGGCAGACAAAACGCGCCAGUAUGGGGUUGGGGUUUGCAGCACAAGACAGGAAAUAGGUAACCUGAACAUCCAUGAAGAGCUGGAGAAACUGGUAGCCAGUUUCCUUGGAGUAGAGUCCUCCAUGACAUUUGGGAUGGGUUUUGCCACCAAUUCAAUGAACAUUCCAGCACUUGUUGGCAAGGGUUGUUUGAUUUUGAGUGAUGAGCUCAACCACACAUCUCUCAUCUUAGGGGCCAGACUGUCAGGAGCAACCAUCCGGGUAUUCAAACACAACAACAUGCACAGUCUGGAUAAGAUGCUAAAAGAGGCGGUUUGCUCAGGGCAGCCUCGGACUCACAGGCCUUGGAGGAAGAUCCUCAUCAUGGUGGAAGGCAUCUAUAGCAUGGAAGGCUCAGUGGUUCAACUACCUGAGAUCAUCGCUCUGAAGAAGAAGUAUAAAGCUUAUCUGUACCUGGAUGAAGCCCACAGUAUUGGAGCAGUGGGACCAACAGGCCGGGGAGUGACUGAGCUGUUUGGAGUGAACCCAGCUGAUGUGGACGUGAUGAUGGGAACCUUCACCAAGAGCUUUGGGGCUGCCGGAGGCUAUAUUGCGGGGAAAAAGGAGCUGGUGGACUACCUGCGCAGUCAUUCUCACAGCGCAGUAUACGCCUCAGCCAUGUCCCCUCCUGUCACCGAGCAGAUCUUACGCGCCAUGAAGUGCAUUAUGGGAAAAGACGGGAGCACAGAGGGCAUUAGACGGAUCCGCCAAUUGGCAGAGAACACCAGAUACUUCAGGGCCAGACUGAAGGAGAUGGGCUUCAUCAUCUACGGCAAUGAUGACUCACCUGUGGUUCCAAUCCUGCUCUACAUGCCAGGCAAAGUGGUGGCUUUUGCUCGAGAAAUGCUGGAGAGAAAAAUUGGUGUGGUGGUAGUCGGCUUCCCAGCCACACCGAUUACAGAGGCCCGAGCUCGCUUCUGUUUGUCUGCAGCACACACCAGAACCAUGCUGGACCAGGUGCUGCACCAUCUGAACGAGGUGGGAGACACUCUCUGUCUGAAGUUCUCACGGCGAAAAUAUUCCCCUCAGCCUGACCUCUGUGAUGAGACAGACUUUGAGCUGGACAGCUGAUAUGACCCUUGACACCUUCACUUCACAGUGUCAAAAUUAAGUCUAAGUGUCCAUGCCACAGAAGACCCAUAAAUGCACAACAUAAAGUAACACCCAUGUCUCACUGCAGAAAAGGGGCCAAAUGUUUGGCAGCUGCUUUUUAUACAUUUGUAAAAUAUUGUGAUUUAACAGAACGCUUAUUUUUGCUUCUUAAAACUAUAUGAACUCUUGAAAUACAUUUAUUUGUGAAAACAUACAUGAAUUAUUGCACAAGAAUUGAUGUAUUGGUCUCAAAUCUUAGUUAUUUUUCUUUUUAUACUGAGACAAAUCACACAUUUAAAGCUCAGUUUGGAAGUCCAGUUAGUCUGCACAUUUGAAGAUUGCACAUUUAAAAUUUUAGAUCAAUAGAGGGCUCUUCUUUUUACACAGUGUUUACUUGUCUAUAUUUAGACGUUAUAAACUUUAUGGAAGCAUUUUUUGCUUCUCAUAAAUCCAUAUUAGACAUAUUUCUUUAAAAAGCUUGUGGUGGUUAUUAUUAGAGAGUGUAAGAAUUAAGAUGGAAAGAUCUCAGUUACUAAAGUAAUAGUAUGAUGAUGAAAAAAGCAUUUGUAGUUUGAGUUGAAUUUCCCCUCUGGUGUGCAGCUGCAUUACUAAAAUUUUGAGUCUGCUGAUUUUCAUUUUCAUUUUCAUUUCUAUCUAAUAAAACACAACCAUCACACAUGAGAACCUCCUGCAUGUGUUUUGGAAAAGGAGGGUUGAUUAAUUAUCCAAACAACAGGUUUCUAAAAGUCCUGACCCUUCCCCAUGGAACUGUAUUAAUUUCCUGACACACUAAAUUGAAUGAUCAAAAGAUGACAAAGAUUCCUUUCCAGUGUUCCAUAGUGAAUCGGUUUUAUAAAAAAUGUCCUCUAUGUAACACCACUUUCAUCUCAGGAUUAAAUGAUAACCUUCCUGUAACUAAUAGAUCAUGGAGCAAUUACUUUGUUGACAUACCAUUAAAUCUCAACAACUCCUGCGCAGAAUAAAAAAGGUGUUAUGGCUUG